AUGGCAACUCGAAAAUUUGCAGCUGUUGUUGUUGGCGCCGGUCCAGCUGGUGUCGCAGUUAUGGGCAAUUUGCUAGAGCGCCAGUUGGGCACGAUCGCCUGGAUUGACCCCUGUUUUGAGUCUGGCCGAGUCAACCGCAAGUAUCGCGAGGUUCCUAGCAACACCAAAGUAUCACUCUUUCAGGCCUACGCCACAGCAGUCCAACCCUUCAGGGCAGUAAUUGAGAGCACACGGCAACCAAAUGCAUUCACCACCAUGGCCAAGCUGGAUCAGGAGAAACCCUGCCACCUCCACUAUGCAGCCGACAUGAUCCGCGGACUGACAGACGGCCUCAUGAAGAGGGACGAUGUUUACCCCUGCCGCGGCUUCGUCACAGCAGCCAACCUAGCCGACAGGGCCUCCACAUCAAAGUGGAUUGUCCGUGUCAAGCGUGAUGACUCCACAGACGAGGUCGAGAUUGAAACCUCCCGUCUGAUCCUCUGCACAGGCUCCCACCCAACCAACAUUCCUGUGCCAGUCCCCGGUCUAGAUAUUGAGUGCCUAGACCUCGACACAGUCCUCAAACCAUCCGAACUCGCCCAGAUCCUCCCCACAACACAACCCACCACCGUCGCCGUCGUGGGUGCUUCACACAGUGCUAUUCUCGCCCUUCUCAACCUUGUCAAUCUUGCCCGCUCCACUCAUCCCCAUCUGCGAGUCAAGUGGUUCACGCGCCACCCUCUUCGCUAUGCGGAGUACAAGGACGGCUGGAUCCUGCGCGAUAACACAGGCCUCAAGGGCUCCGCGGCAGAAUUUGCACGCAACCAGCUCGAAGAUGAGCGGCUCCCGACCUCGUCGGCGGGGGAGGUGAUUACUAAGAUUGAUUGUGCGGGCGGCGAGGCGAGGGAAUCAGCGCAGUAUCAUGCUCACCUUCCUGGCUGUUCGUUUAUUGUUCAAGCAGUUGGAUUUACACGUGAUCCGCUACCGCAGCUUGUUAAGGGUGGGUCUCCGCUUGCGUUGGAGUUUGAUCAUGAGACGGGUCAUUUCCAUGAGCUUGGGAAUGGGCCUGUUAUUCCGGGACUGUUUGGUGCUGGCAUUGCUUUCCCGCAGAGAGUUGUUGAUCCUUACGGGAAUGUUGAGUAUGCGGUUGGCUUCUUCAAGUUUAUGAAAUUCUUGAAGACGGUUGUUCCUACUUGGGGAUCUGCUUGA